GAGCUUUUGCCAAGGAGGAAGGUCGCGGGGACUGAGGGGGGAGCAGCGCGCCUCCCUUCCUCCCACUCUUGCUCUCCUUCCCCUCCUGCUGUAUAACCCUCGCAAACAAACAAGCCAGCCGGAAAGUGGAAAGGAGCUGCCAAGAGGGAGCGUGGCCGAGAGGAAGAGGAGGAGGAGAAGAAGCGCUUCUGCCCUCCCCCGCCGCGUCCUGCCCGCGCCCCCUGCCGAGCCUACCUUUCCUCCUCGCCUUCUUCGGUGGCGCCAGCAGGAGCGAGCUCUCCGGCGGGACGAUGGCUUCGACCACCACCUGCACCAGGUUCACCGACGAGUAUCAGCUCUUCGAGGAGCUCGGGAAGGGAGCUUUUUCAGUGGUGAGAAGAUGUUUGAAAAUCACUACUGGACAAGAAUAUGCUGCCAAGAUUAUCAACACUAAAAAGCUAUCAGCAAGGGAUCACCAGAAAUUGGAAAGAGAAGCUAGAAUCUGUCGCCUUUUGAAGCAUCCCAAUAUCGUGCGACUUCAUGACAGCAUAUCAGAAGAAGGAUUUCAUUACUUAGUCUUUGAUUUAGUCACUGGAGGUGAAUUAUUUGAGGAUAUUGUUGCAAGAGAAUAUUACAGUGAAGCAGAUGCAAGUCAUUGUAUACAGCAGAUUCUAGAAAGUGUUAAUCAUUGUCACCUUAAUGGCAUAGUUCACAGAGACCUGAAGCCUGAGAACUUGCUCCUAGCUAGCAAGUCAAAGGGAGCAGCUGUAAAACUGGCAGAUUUUGGAUUGGCCAUUGAAGUGCAAGGUGAACAACAGGCUUGGUUUGGUUUUGCUGGUACGCCGGGAUAUCUUUCCCCAGAGGUACUACGAAAAGAUCCCUAUGGAAAGCCAGUAGACAUGUGGGCGUGUGGUGUUAUCCUCUACAUUCUCUUGGUGGGAUACCCUCCUUUUUGGGAUGAAGAUCAGCACAGACUCUACCAACAGAUCAAGGCUGGAGCGUAUGAUUUUCCUUCACCAGAAUGGGACACGGUGACCCCAGAAGCCAAAGACCUCAUCAACAAAAUGCUUACAAUCAAUCCUGCCAAACGUAUCAAUGCAUCAGAGGCCCUCAAACACCCCUGGAUCUGUCAACGUUCUACUGUGGCUUCUAUGAUGCACAGACAGGAGACUGUAGACUGCCUGAAGAAAUUCAAUGCAAGAAGGAAACUUAAGGGUGCCAUUUUGACAACUAUGCUGGCUACAAGAAAUUUCUCAGCAGCCAAGAGUUUACUGAAGAAACCUGAUGGAGUGAAGAAAAGGAAGUCAAGUUCGAGUGUUCAGAUGAUGAUAAACAACAAAACCAACGUGGUAACCAGCCCCAAAGAAAAUAUUCCUACCCCAACGCUGGAGCCCCAAACUACCGUAAUCCACAACCCAGAUGGAAAUAAGGAAUCCACAGAGAGCUCCAACACAACCAUUGAAGACGAAGAUGUGAAAGCUCGUAAGCAGGAGAUUAUCAAGGUUACUGAGCAGCUGAUUGAAGCUAUCAAUAAUGGGGAUUUUGAAGCCUACACGAAGAUAUGUGAUCCAGGCCUCACCUCAUUUGAACCUGAAGCUUUGGGAAAUCUUGUAGAGGGAAUGGACUUCCACCGGUUUUACUUUGAAAAUGCUUUGUCUAAGAGCAACAAGCCAGUCCACACCAUCAUCCUGAAUCCACAUGUCCACCUCGUGGGGGAUGAUGCUGCCUGCAUUGCAUACAUACGGCUGACUCAGUACAUGGAUGGGAGUGGGAUGCCCAAGACAAUGCAGUCGGAAGAGACGCGGGUCUGGCACCGCCGCGAUGGGAAAUGGCAGAAUGUUCACUUCCACCGUUCAGGAUCACCAACAGUACCUAUCAACUAAAUGUCUGCAGUGCCACGUUCUGUCCUCCGCACUCUGCACUUGGUUGGCUACCAUCUUGGCCACUCCAUUGCCCUCUUCAUGCAUGUUCUUCGAGUGCAUGAAGCUGUGAAGUUUCUACAUGUGAUACAUUUACGAUGCAUCAUUUUGUUGUAUAUUCCAUUGGCACUUUUUGUUUACACUUCAGUGAAGGGAAUGGAUGUUCCAUGCAAACUGAGAAUGGGAAAAAGACGACACGGGAGAAAAGAGGGAGGGCAAGUGAAAUGCUAGAGAAUAUACAGAGUAUACUUCUCAUGUCAGAAGAUAAUAUCUUCAUGUGCAAACUAAGGGAAUGAAGGUUUUUUUAAAAAAAAAUCAGUUAUCUAUGUUUUAAUUUUCGCUACUUCUGUUUUCUGGCUUGUUUGUUCUUAAAGGCAAUGUGCAUUGCUUUGGUCAUAGUAGAAAUAAUUCCUACUAACAGCACCUUUGUUAUUGUAGGACAUAUGAGUAGAAAUACUGGUUUAGACCAAAGCAUUUCUGUAGGCUUUUCUUUCUGGGAGUCAUCUUUGUUAUGAGUCACUGUAGGUAAACUGGGGGGAAAUGGCGUAAUUUUCUGGCUUGACCUCGCUAGAAGUAUCUGUCACUGUUCUUAUCGGGUCAGAAAUGUCAUUUUAUUUUUAACAAUUUCUUUAGCUUUGUAGUUGUAACUGCAGGGAAAGAGGAGAUAUUUUGGAGUAUUUUUUUUCUCAUUUGUUCAGAGCCAAGCAGUGAGCACAUUAAUAUGAGAUGGGUUUUGGUGGUUAAAAGGGUAAACUAAAACUUUUUAAGAGCAUUUUAUGGAUGUACAGUACAUUUAUUAAAGCAAGUUGUAGAGGAUUUUUUAAACUGAUGCUCUAGUCAAUAUACUCUAGGACAAUUAGGCCUUAAAAGCUUAGUAUCAGGAGAUUACUUGUCUUAAUUUUCUUUGUAACAGUUUAUUAACUGAUAAAAAGGAAACUACUAAGAAAAUAUCUCUUUUCUAAUAAAACUGUUACACUUUUGCCAUAAUAAUUUUAUCUGUUUUCUCAUGGCUCAUCAACAUCCUUGAACAGUGUGGAAUAAAAUACUUAUUGCAGCUUUAUUAACUAUUUCCCCCUGUUGCUGCAUAUAUACAUGCAAAGUAAGCAGGAAAUAAAUUCAGUGUCUGUUUAGAACAGAUUGCUCAGUUGCUAUUUGAUUGCUUCUGUUGUGUAGAUGUGAAAUUAUAUUCCUGCAAGCGUUGCUCCUCUUCUUUAAAAGUUAACAAUAAAAAUAGGGUUUUUUCCCUUUUGAAAAAAAAUACUUUUGUUUGUUUCUUCUCUCUUUGGUUAACAUUGGGGCUACUGGUUUUCUGUAAUGGUGUGUAGCGCAUGAUACUUUGAUCAAUGUUCUUUUUUGUAAGUUAAAUUUACAACUUGCAGCAGCUUGAAAUUUUUAAAGCAGACAAAAAAAAGAGCUCCCAAUUUGUAUAACUUUCAUUUCUCUGUAUUGAUUACUAAUCAAAAGUGGAUCUUAUUCCUUACAUCUUGAUGUUGUUCUAGUAUACAUAUAUAUGUUAGAGAAAUUUAAGCUUCUCUGGUGAUGAUUCUUAUACAACCCACAGAAAUGUUUAUAACAAGCAUCUACAGUAAAUGUCUUGAGCCAUAUUAACCCGCAAAUGGGAUCUGUGAAAAGGCACAGUGGCCUCGUGCGUUUUGUUUUUUUUAAAAAAUUUUUUUUAUCAAUUUCUUCUUUUGUGAAGCGGCUUUAGGUGGUAUACGUGUAUUUACAUUUAACAAAAUUAGGUGUAGAAUGUUUUUCUUUUCUUUCUUUCUCUAUCUCUUUUUUUACACUUUUUACCAUAGCAUGUGGUGUUGCCAUAUUACUCUAGGUCAGGUCUGUCUUCCACACUGAGAUGUGAGGGGGGUGGGGGGGUGGGGGGAUUGUGUGAGUUAGUUCUCUGCACUCCAACUGAAUUACACACCUAACCCUUUGUCAUUUUCAAAACACUGCAGUUUACCAUGCGACACCAUGUAUAUAUAUAUAUGUAUAUAUUUCUUGCCAUAAUGGUAAAGAGCUGACUGAUAUAUUUAAGAAUUAAUAAAUUUGUGAUUUCUGCUGA